AUGGGUCAAGAAAACGCCGUUUACCUCGCCAAGCUCGCUGAGCAGGCCGAGCGCUAUGAAGAGAUGGUUGAGAACAUGAAGGACGUCGCUUCCGCCGAUGUUGAGCUCACCGUUGAGGAGCGUAAUCUCCUGUCUGUUGCCUACAAGAACGUCAUUGGUGCCCGCCGUGCGUCUUGGAGAAUCGUCACCUCCAUCGAGCAGAAGGAGGAGUCCAAGGGCAACGAGUCCCAGGUUGCUUUGAUCAAGGAGUACCGCCAGAAGAUCGAGGCCGAGCUUGCCAAGAUCUGUGACGACAUUCUUGAGGUCCUCGACAACCACCUUAUCAAGUCCGCCGAGAGCGGCGAGUCUAAGGUCUUCUACCACAAGAUGAAGGGUGACUACCACCGUUACCUCGCUGAGUUCGCCAUUGGCGACCGUCGCAAGGGUGCCGCCGACAACUCCCUGGAGGCCUACAAGGCCGCCACUGAGAUUGCCGGAACUGACCUUGCCCCUACCCACCCCAUCCGUCUCGGCUUGGCCCUUAACUUCUCGGUCUUCUACUACGAAAUCCUGAACUCCCCCGACCAGGCCUGCCACCUCGCCAAGUUGGCCUUCGAUGAUGCCAUUGCCGAGCUCGACACCCUGAGCGAGGAGAGCUACAAGGACUCCACUCUCAUCAUGCAGCUCCUCCGUGACAACCUCACUCUCUGGACCUCUUCCGAGGCUGAGGGCUCCACUGAUGCUCCCGCCGAGAAGAAGGCUGAGGAGGCCCCCGCUGCUGAGGGUGAGAAGCCUGCCGAGUAA